UGGGGGAGUGGAGCCCAAGUUUCCAGGGGUUGGGGGCAGAGUCCAACUCAGGUCAUAAACAGAGCUGAUAGGAGACAGUCUGUGGAAAGGGCAAGAGUUGGGACCCAGCAUACUGUGAGUCAGGACCAAGGAGGUGAGCUGGUGCUUAGACAAAGCUCCACCUGACCCCCAUGGCCUUCCUGGUGGCUGGGACCCUGCAGGCGGCCUCACAGUUGGCUGAUGCUCAAGACAGCCUGGGGAGAAAGGGGGAAUACAGCCUGCAGGGUUCAAGAGUGGCCCUGACACUCAGCAGCCAUGGGGUGUCCACUGCUACUGUUGCUGCCCUGGACUGUGUGUUCCGGUCCCUGGGCUUUGAAAACUGUGAGAAGAGGAAGACCUCUGUUCAGUGCUUUCUUGAGGAGCUGGUGUGGUUUCGGGAGCAGCUGGAUGCCCACAAGGGACCUGUGGGCUGUGCCCUUGUAGCCUUAGUGGCCCCCAGUGGGCAGCUGAGGCACGUACAGCUGCUGGUCCGGGAGCUGAGUCACUGUGGGGCUCUGAGGGGCUGCCCCAAAGUCUUCCUCCUGCUCUCAAGUGGCUGUGGUGCUGCCCUGGAGCCCGGAGUCUUCCUCACUGGCCUGAGGGAGCUCUGUGGCCGCUCUCCUCACUGGUCCCUGCUGCGACUGCUGACAGAGCUGUUCUGCAGGGUAGCUGAAGAGUCUACUGGGGACACCUACUGCCYGUUCUUUCAGAGCUCCUUGAGGGGAGCACUAUGCCUGGGAGGUGUGGAGCCCUGGAUGCCUGAGCCAGAACCCAGUCCCAGGRCUCAGUAUGACCUGUUGGGGGUCAAGGCUGCCCUCCUCCUGGCUGUGAUCCAAGACCGGCCCGGAGCACAGCAUGAUGUGAAGGCACUGGGGGACCUGUGCCGGGCCCUGGGUUUCAAGAUCACCUUGAGAAUGGACCCUACAGCUCAGGACAGGAGGARAAUCAGCUCUGGGAAGCUAGACCUCCACAUCACCUCUAGUGAGCCCAUGCCAGGACUUGCAACAGGGAGUUAUGGCUUCCUCCCUGGGCCUGAGGUUGGAGGCAGAUGGAAGUUGGGUGGGCAGACACUGGAGAAGACAUCUCAGUCUCCUGAAGGACAGCCAGGGCCUGGGGAGGCUGUGGCCCAAGGCUCAACCUUGUCCCCACUCCAGGGGUUCCAGGCAGAGUUGGCUCAGUUCCGAGAGAAGCUGGACACCUGUAGAAGCCCUGUGAGCUGUGCCCUUGUGGCCCUGAUGGCCCAUGGGGGGCCACAGGGGCAACUGCUGGGGGCUGAUGGGCAAGAGGUGCAGCCAGAGGCACUGGUACAGGAGCUGAGCCACUGCCRAGCACUACGGGGCAGACCCAAGAUCUUCCUGCUACAGGCCUGCCGUGGGGGAAACAGGGACGCUGGUGUGGGGCCAGUGGCUCUCCCCUGGUAUUGGCGCUGGCUUCGGACACCUCUAGCUAUCCCUACACAGGCAGAUGUCCUCCAGAUCCAUACUGAUGCCCAAGGCAGCCCCUCCAGGGGCCCCAUUCCAGGAAGCUCUGAUCAAGCAGACAUCCUGACAGUUUAUGCAGCCACUGAGGGCUGUGUGGCCUAUCGGGAUGAGAAGGGCUCUGACUUAGUCCAGACGCUGGUGGAGGUACUCAGAGCCAACCCCAGGGGAGACCUCCUGGAGCUGCUGACCGAGGUCAACAGGCGGGUGUGUGAGCUGGACGUGCUGGGGCCAGACUGCAAUGAGCUCCGCAAGGCCUGCCURGAGAUCCGCAGCUCCCUCCGGCGCAGGCUCUGCCUGCAGGCCUAAGGGCCCUGCUACAGCCGCCCGAUCCACAACUUGACUUCUUCAGGACAAAGGGGCGGGCAGCUUGGGCAUGGGCGUUUAAUUGGCGUUCAAUAAAUACCUGUUAAUGAUUGCUUUGUGUGGGUCAGUGCCUGCUCUCGGGGAUCUGUGAAAUAAGUGUUAUGAUGGAUGUAAAGUGCUGGCACUUGGUAAAGGUGCAGUUGUGCCCCUCGGAACCAGAGGCGGGACUGGGACCUGUGCCCUGUGUCUCGGAAUUAGGAACCAACGUGGGCUGGGCUGGGCUGGAAGUAGGACCAGCCCGGGAGUACAUUCCUCUCUUCCUGGCGCUAGGGCCAUGGAAAUGAAGGAGAAACCGCCUCUGCCUUUCUGGCGGGCUCAGAUACUCUUGAAAGAGACGAUUGCAGAUUCACCAGUGAAGUGACGGGGAGAGCGCAGGAGAGCGCAGAGCAGAAGGCGGGCAGGUGCGGGAAGAAGUCAGAAGGGUCUCUAGGAGCCAGAGAAGAUACCUGGGAGAGGUUGGGGACCUGCAGGUUCAUCUUGAUUCGAACUCUCGGCGGGAGGCGAAACCUGCGCAGCAUCCCCACUGAGAACUCCGCCMGCAUUUGCCACGAAGGGUGGGUCUUUUUCUACUCUGAGCAUGCGCGUGGGCACAAUGCGCAGGCGCUUCAAUAYGCUUUAUAGAAAAAACUGAGUCUUCUGAGAUAGUGGGGCCGCGUGGCCUAAUGGAUAAGGCGUCUGAUUCCGGAUCAGAAGAUUGGGGGUUCGAGUCCCUUCGUGGUCGCUGCGGGUAAAUUUUUUCUAAUUUCACGGAAGUGUUUUCCUUCCCUCGGGACACUCUCUACAGUCAGAGGCUUUGUCCCCAAUCGCCCCUAGUCUGCCGCAUCUGCAGUUGAGGACCGGGGUCAAGGUUGCAGCACGGGCGACCAAAGGCGGUUGCCUGACCCCCGCGCACUGCCGAGCAGAGCCGCGCAGAACCGUGAACAGCGAGCUGUGCGGUUUACAGUUCAGGCGAUGAAAACUGACAGGCGAGGGAGGGUUCGGGUUCCUUGCGGGUGCGGUGGGGAGUUGCUCCUGGGGAAUCAAAGGAUAUGUGCAUGUGAAAACCUAGUAAAUUAUGUGAUCAUGGUUGCACAAUAAUCUGAAUCUAAUUAAGGCCACUGAAUUGAACACUUCUAAAUGACGAAAAUAACAAUUCUAUUGACGURCGCUCACUGUUCUAAAAUAUGUGGGACGAAAGCCGAUAGAUCAUCUCGGUUUCUGGCAACGAGGGGACCUUAUGGUUAGUGUAAAUGCACACCCAACAUUUUAAAUACUCACCGAGGUUGAGCUGACAUUUCGCUUGGAGAAUUUACCUGCUGAGCCCGCGUUCUCUCCAAGGACUCUGGCUAACGAACCCUCCGUGGCCAAUGGCGGGUGCCCCACCGCGAGGGCAACGCCGGCGACAAGGMCGCUUCAGCCCGAGUGCAGAGGCGCCCGCGGGCGACCUGGGGUCSUGCGGAGUCACCUUCUCCGCGGGCGGCUGUGACGUCGCAGUGGUUUAGUAAGAACUCCCGGGAGAGGAACUUCCCGAGGUUAAGAGACCCAAAGGGGAAGAGAAGAGCUACGCAAAGGCAGCGGGUGGGGCUCGAGCCCCCCGCCUCGGCUGCGACGCCCAGAUUCCACCGGCCGGGCCAGAGGGAAGCUAGAGGCUUGGGGCUGGCGAUCUGCUAAAACCACAAAAUAAGCAACAACUAACAACAAAGGGGCCCCACCAGGUGCUGGUCUGUUGCGGGACACUGGACAUUCAUGGUGCCCUCCCUCCCGCGUUGGGCCUCACAGACACCUUGUUUCCUGUACCAGCCGUCCCCGUGUUGCAGGGGUACCCCUGGAUUAAAGGGCUGAUCCUGGUUUGAACCUGGGAUCUCUGGCUCCCCCAGCGACUUGCAUACCACCUAGGCCGAUGCAUAACCCUAAAUAAAACUCAGUGUCGCACGUCUUUGAGCUCCUGCACAGCUGGGUCCCAAGGACGCCUGGGAGUGGGCGAGAUGAUGAACUGGAGCGCAGGUCGAGAAUCGAAGUCGAGGGAUAGGAAAAGGCCAGAAUGAGGUCACAGAGCCUAGCAAAAUUUUGCCGGAACCACCAAAAAUGAGGAAAAGACUGGUUCGAGAACAGAAAGCCGUUUAACUUGUCAGCCCCGGUGGCCUAAUGGAUAAGGCAUUGGCCUCCUAAGCCAGGGAUUGUGGGUUCGAGUCCCA